GGAAGGGGAGGGAGGGGUACAUGACUGUCAUCUGAUCAAGGCCCCCCAACCAUCCUGAGGGGAAGGGUAGGGAGGAAAAUAAAAUAUAACCAAGAAUGAAUGCAAGAUAUACAGUUACGUGGACUUAAAAUUCAUGAUGUCUUAGUUGUUUCAGUUAACCCAUGCUAUGACCCUUUCUGCACAAAUCCCUGAAAAUGUUUUUAAACAUGUUAAAUCCUCCCUUGCUUUACAACCAUUUAUGUCUGCAUUUACCCCCUCCAAACAAUUCCUGGCUGCAAUUCUAUGAUUUUUGCCUUAUAUUUUGAGUUCUUAAUGUAGAAUCGCUGUUACAGUGUUUUGCAGCAGGGUGAAUUCUCUGUGCCUUCUACAUUCCCUCCUAAAACUGAACAAACUCUGCUCAAAUGCUCCAAAAUGUUCCAAAAACAGGCGAAGGGCAAAGAGUGAGCUCACAAAAAGGCGCCAAUGAGAAACUGCAAGGAAGGCAGAGAGGGAACAUGGGGCCAAUGGAUGGAGCCAAGACCAAAGGGAACCAAACAAACCUAUCUAAAAUGGAGCUAUAUGCGAGAAUGAACUCGUUGGACUUCACCAUACCUUACAGUGAUCUGUCCGCGGACUCUGAAAGAGGACUGAAGGACAGCACCAAGAUGAUGGAGGUACAGAUCAUCCUCAUCUGUGCCUAUAGUACUAUUAUCUUGCUAGGUUUGCUGGGCAACACAUUGGUGAUUCACGUAGUCAUCAAGUUCAAGAAUAUGCGCACUGUGACUAACUUCUUCAUUGCCAACUUGGCUGUGGCUGAUCUGCUAGUGAACACACUCUGCCUACCUUUUACCUUAAUUUAUACAUUACAGGGAGAAUGGAAGCUUGGUCCAGUGCUAUGUCACCUAGUGCCUUAUGCCCAAGGUCUUGCCGUGCAGGUAUCUGUAGUUACUUUGACUGUGAUAGCCUUGGAUAGGCACCGGUGCAUUGUGUAUCACUUGGAAAGCAAAAUCUCUAAGCAAAUCAGCUUCGUUAUCAUUGGGGUGAUCUGGGUUGGCAGUGCUCUGCUGGCAAGCCCCUUGGCCAUCUUCCGGGAAUAUUUCUCCAUUGACAUCAGUCAGGAUGUCAAGAUGAUUGUCUGUGCAGAAGGGUGGCAGAGAGAAGGGAAGAUAAAUUAUGGCACGAUCUACAGUGUCUCAAUGCUCCUGAUCCAAUAUGUCUUGCCUUUGGUCAUCAUCAGUUAUGCCUAUAUCCGCAUUUGGAGUAAGCUAAAAAAUCAUGUCAGUCCUGGAGCAGGGAAUGAUCACUACCAUCAGAGACGUCAGAAGACGACCAAGAUGCUGGUCUGUGUGGUGCUGGUGUUUGCGCUCUGCUGGUUGCCUUUUCACCUCUUUCAACUUGUCAGUGACAUUUACAGCAAAGUGUUGGAUCUUGAUGAGUACAAACUGAUCUACACGCUCUUUCAUGUUAUUGCGAUGUGCUCAACUUUUGCCAAUCCCAUCCUCUAUGGCUGGAUGAACACCAACUACAGAACAGUUUUUCUGACAGCUUUCCAGUGUGAACAGCGGCUGGAUUCUAUCCAUCCUGAAUCAUCACCUGCAUUUAAAACCAAGAAGAAUCUGGAAGUGAAAGAGAAAAAUUGCAAUGGGUCCCCAUUCUCACAGCCUACUAAUGUCUAAGCAAAAAAGUAAAGCCGGACAAAGAAAGAGGCAGAAUAAUUUGAUGGAGAUGUAUUGUUGAUGCACGUAUGUCCUAAACUUACAGACUGAACAGCUGGAAAAGUAUCUCUUAUAUUUCCAAAGGAAGUGGCCAUUUGUUGGUAUAUGCAUAGAGAAAUUAGCACUGCAGAGACUGAAGUCUUACCAUUGUUGACAAAAAAUGGGAUGGGGAGAAGGAAAGAUGAAUGCAUUCAGCUACUAAUAAACACUGACUGCUUGUAUACAGUUACAGUCAGUGGUCAAAGUGCCCUCUGGUGACAAAGAUGGAAAUUGCUGUUGAAACUCAGGCACCCUAUUCUCUCUCUCUCUCUCUCUCUCUCUCUCUCUCUCUCUCUCUCUCUCUCUCUCUCUCUCUCUCUCUUUCAUAUAAGAAGAGGGUGUCCUCCAGACAGUGAACAUUAUUUGUUUUUUCUUGAUGUAAACAAAAGCCCCUUCCGCACAUGCAGAAUAAUGCACUUUCAAUCCACUUUCAAUGCACUUUGAAGCUGGAUUUUACUGUGUGGAAUAGCAAAAUCCACUUUUAAACAAUUGUGAAAGUGGAUUGAAUGUGCAUUAUUCUGCAUAUGCAGAAGGGGCCAAAGACAAACUUCCUCCAGAAGCUAUUCUAAGUUCACAGGAUGGAAAACCAAACUCAGAAACUACCCAUGGUAAAAUUUUGUAAGCUCUGCUCACCACUGGAGUUCAGUCCCAAUGGAAGUCAGUUUCAAGCAGCCAGCUCAGGGUUGACUUAGCCUUCCGGCCUUCCUAAGUUGGGAAAAUGAGUACCUAGCUUGCUAAGGGUAAA